AUGAAUUGGAUUUUGUAUGUACAGUCUGUUGGCGUGGCGUUGGGUACUAUUGCUCCUUUGAUGAGGUGGUAUGUUGCUGUUUGGUUCAAGAUCUCGGAGAUUGGACAGAGGAGUUUCGUAGAGGAAUUCAAGGUCGAAAAGUAUUGGACUUCGAGGGUGGUAGAGUGGAGGGAGAGGUCGCUUCCUUUGCAGAUUCGAUCGCAUAAGUUUAGGAAGCUGCUUCAUGAUGCAAAGAGAUUUUUGUUGAGUAUUUGCAGCAGAGUUCUUGUUUUCUUUGUUCUAAUUAGCAAAAUGGUUAUCUUCAUUUCUGCUAUAUUUGGAAAAGCAAUGUUAUUAUGCUUUCAUCGUGACGAAUCAAGAGAUGGAAUAGAGCUCGAAUUGAGGCCGUAUGUUCUGCUACUUGAAGGAGAGGCGCAGCUGCCUAAGAGGAUUAUGAGAAACAUUUGCAAUGAGAUGGAUAAGUUGAUUGAAAGAGGUGAGAUGAAGCAAUGCAAGAAUCUAAUGUGGCUGCUUAACAAGUCUGUGAGCUUCAAUGGGGUGGAAGAAUUUGACGGUAAUGAAGUUCCAAGCUUGUAUUCGCAAGAACCCGCGAACUGCUGGUCUCUGCCUCUUGUGACCUUGACAAGCAUUGCAGUUGCGCUUCCUAACAUCACGGCUCGUGAGGCUAAUCAGCUAGUGUGUGGUGUUGGUGAAGGUUUGUCCCUUGUCAAGCUUGUCGAUGGAACUCUUGAUAGAUCCGGGGAAAUGGAACGCGUGAGGAAUGCAGCAGACGCAGUGUGGGUAGGAGUCGAACUCUACAGAAAAUGGCAGAAUAAGGAUCUGCAGAAUACAAACAAAACUUACAAAGAGACACUGCAAAAGCUAUCUAAUCUUGGAGAAAAGACUGUUAAAGAUUUCACAACUCGGAUUGAAGAUGUUAUGAUGCAGAAUCCUCUGAAUUGGCCUAGCAAAGUCAUAGCUGCUAACUCGAUGUACAGAAUCACUCAAACUAUCUUGUUGGCCAACAAAGAAUGCAUACAUCGAACGGAUAAAGAUCUCUUUGAGAGGCUAUGUGUGAUGAUCUCGGACAUAUUGUCGGCUUGUCUGACCAACUUAGCUCAUGUCAUAAUCAUCAAGUGUCACAACAAUGCAAUCAAAGAUAGGCAAGAGAGCGUGAGACGAGCCGCUCUUCUUCUAGGCGAGAGUCGAGAGAUUCUUGAACUUCUGCAACAGCGUCGUCUUCCGAGUUUGGAUCAUGAGAAAGCAGCUAAUAUCGAGGAAUGGAGGGCAUCUAUGGUGCACGUUUAG